AUGGGCUCCAUUGACUUAACCUCGCUGCGCAACAUUCGCAAAGUGCUGGUCGCCAAUAGAGGCGAGAUUGCCGUCCGUUGCAUCAAAGCUUGCCGCGAGUUGGGAGUUCAUAGCGUCGCUAUCAUAACAAAUGCCGACGCAACUUCAUUACAUGCCACAUUAGCAGACGAGGUAGUCUUGCUACCGGGUGAGGACAACACAGCCUACACAGAUGGUGACGCGAUUCUGGACAUUUGCAAACGAACAAAUGCAAACGCUAUCAUCCCUGGAUACGGCUUCUUGAGCGAAAAUGUUGAAUUCGCAAACGCCGUUACUUCUGCAGGCAUUACUUUCGUCGGGCCCUCCUCAGCAUCGAUCAAUGCGAUGGGGCUGAAGCACGAAGCUAGAGCUAUCGCCCAAGCCGCAAAUGUCCCGGUCAUUCCUGGCACACAGCUCCUGGCAUCCGCUGGGGCUGCCGUGGAGGCUGCAAAGAGUCUGGGUUGUCCGGUCAUGCUGAAGGCCACUGGGGGAGGUGGUGGCAUGGGAUUACAGAUUUGCCGCAGUGAACAAGAAGUCGAGAAAGCAUUCGCCAUGGUUGAGAGCCGCGCUAGCACGCUCUUCAAGAAUAGUGGCGUCUUCUUGGAGAAGUACUACCCGAGUUCACGCCAUAUUGAGGUCCAAGUCGCCGGCAACGGAGAGAUUGUGGUCGCCUUUGGAGAGCGUGAGUGCUCACUACAGCGGCGGCAUCAGAAAGUAAUCGAGGAGUGUCCCAGCCCCUUUGUGGAGCGUCACCCUGGUCUACGCGAACGGAUGCUUCAAGCCGCUGUCAACUAUGCGUCACAGCUGAAGUACAAGAGUGUGGGCACAGUUGAGUUUCUCGUGGACGAUGAGACAGCCGACUUCUUUUUCCUUGAAAUGAACACGCGAUUGCAAGUUGAGCAUGGAAUCACCGAAUUGUGCUAUGGAGUUGAUCUGGUACAUCUCAUGCUGCGACAAGCUGACUACGAACGCGGUGGCCAUAUUGGGAUUCCAUCUGAUGUCCUAAAAAGCCUUGGAAGACCCCAGCCACUGGGAUCGGCUAUCGAAGCUCGGGUGUAUGCUGAAGUACCACUUCGUGACUUUGCCCCUAGCCCUGGAGUCUUCCAACACGUACACUGGCCAGAGGGCGAGGGUGUGCGGGUCGACACAUGGGUUCGAGAUGGCCAGAAGAUCACGCCCCUCUAUGAUCCAUUAAUUGGAAAGGUCAUGGCACAUAGCCCUGAUGGCCGGGCUGCCGCCCAAAAGAAGAUGAUUGAAGUACUGGCUGAUACGGCUCUUCAAGGCACACAGUCCAAUCUGGAAUACCUGUCAAAGAUUCUUGAGUCUGAGAUGUUUAUGAGCGGCAACACAUUAACCAACUCUUUAUCGACGUUCAAGUUUGAUAGCUGUUCUUUGCAGGUAAUUGACCCUGGUGUUUUCACGACGAUUCAGGACUACCCGGGCCGUAUUCAGACGCGUCAUGGUAUUCCGCCCAGCGGCCCAAUAGACGAUUUCAGUGCUCGAGUGGCAAACAUUCUGGUCGGUAACGACCACGGAGUCGAGUUGUUGGAACUCACUCUAUCUGGUCCAAAGCUGUUGUUCCACGAAGCAGCUGUUGUAGCAAUCUGUGGUGCAGAGCUGCCCGUCACCGUCGAUGGUGUAUCUCAAGCUAUGUGGUCGAGGAUCCUCAUCAGAAAAGGUCAGAUACUCGAGCUCGGCAAAGUGACCGGUAACGGCCUACGAACAUAUCUUGCCGUGAAAGGCGGGUUCCCCCAGGUCCCCAAGUUUCUUGGAUCCAAGUCCACAGCCCCGGAGCUCGGCUUUGGCGGUGUGCAAGGGCGAAAGCUCCAGAUUCACGACAUUAUCGCUCUAUCCCCACAAUCAAGGUCCUGGGCCGCAGAAGCCACACCUCUAUCUUUGCCGUCAAAUUUCAUUCCCAACUUCACUACUAGUGUGACCGUUUGUUGCAUUGAUGGUCCGUACGGAUCUGAAGAUAUUCUGACCCCCGAAGGACGCACGACACUGUACGAGGCCGAUUGGACGGUCAGUCAUAACAGCAGUCGAAGCGGCAUACGUUUAGAAGGACCGCGGUUGAAAUGGGCUCGAGCAUCUGGGGGUGGCGGCGGAUCGCACCCGUCCAAUGUGCUCGACUAUGGUUACCCUAAUUGCGGCGUCAAUUUCACAGGAGAAUUUCCCAUCAUCUUUGGUCCUGAUCGUCCGGACUUGGGCGGUUUCGUCUGUCCAACGACUGUCUGCUCUGGCGAGAUGUGGAAGAUUGGCCAGUUAAAGCCUGGUAACACUGUACGAUUCCGUUCUGUUGCUUACGACACUGCCCUUGAGAUUUCGAGAAGAAAAGAUGACUUUCUUCAAGCUCUUGUAGCAUUUUCGCAGGGAAGUACAAGCCGGAUAUCUCCUCUCCUUGUCGAGUUCACGGAUGAACCCCCGUCUUCGAUUUUACACCAGAAGCUGUCCCAGGGGAGUCAUCCGCGGGUAACAUACCGUCAAGGAGGUGACACAAGCAUCAUCGUUGAAUAUGGUGAUCAGGUGUCGGAUCUGCGCAAUACUGCUUGCGUACAGUUUCUCGCCAAACAAGUAUCAACUGCAAACCUGCCGAGCGUGUGCAGCGAUCCCAACUUCGCCUCUCUCACUGUUCGCUUCGACCCGUUCCAGAUGGACCGGUCCAAACUCCUUCAGCAACUCAUUCAAUUCGACGAUCAAAUUGGGCAGACUACGGGCAUUAAGAUACCCGCCCGACAAGUGCGGCUCCCCGUCUGCCUCGACCAUUCCUCACUGCAAGAGUCUGCGCAACGGUAUAUGGACAAUAUCAGACCUACGGCUGCCUACAUGCCGGACAAUGUCGAGUAUCUUCGCAAGAACAAUGCACUCGAGACCCGCCAGGAAGUCUUUGAUGCGCUUCUUAAGACACCAUGGCUGGCCGUCGCCGUCGGCUUCUACGUUGGAACACCAAUAUUGUUCCCACUGGACCCUUGGCACGUAUUAACCGGCCAAAAGUAUAAUCCCAGCCGGGUUUAUACUCCAAGCGGCUCGGUCGGCCUCGGAGGCUCACUUGUGGCCAUCUAUCCUGUUGCCGCGGCAGGAGGUUAUCAACUUCUUGGUCGAACAUUGGGUGGAUGGGAUGGAUCAGGAAGCCGCCCAGGUUUCUCUAGUGAGCGGCCUUGGCUGUUCAACCAUCUCGAUCUGAUAAAGUUUUACGAGGUCUCUGAGGACGAGUACAACAAGAUUGAGCGAGACUUUGAGACGGGUCGAUAUGUUUUUGACAUUUCAGAAACAAUGCUAGAUAUGGAUGAGUAUAUUGCCAAAUUUGAAGCAGCUGCCAAAGAUCCCGCGUAUCAAGCCUGGAGGAAGCGUCAAGUCAAAGCGGCCCAAGAGGUAGGAGAGCAUGAGCAGCGUCUGUUUGAGGAGUGGACGGCAGCAAAGAAUGCAAGAAAUGAUGAUGCAGCUGCUGAGGGUGAUGACGCUGAUUCUGCGAAUGCCGUCUCCAUCGAAUCGCCUAUUAAUGCCAAUGUUUGGAAAGUGCUUGUCAAGCCUGGUGAUGUACUAGAAAAGGGUCAAACAGUGGCGGUACUCGAAGCUAUGAAGAUGGAGAUUAAUCUGAUUGUGGACGAUAGUCAGGCUGGCGCUGUAGUAACGAAGAUCAGCCAACCGCCGGGAAGCGUUGUCAGCCCUGGGAUGGCGGUUGUGGAGGGUCGGAGGCAAGACUGA